AUGGUGAAUGCCGCUGCCGCACAGAUGGUAAAUUAUCCACCCACAGAAACCGACUCACUCGGGAUUGACUACUCCAUCAUUGACCCAGGCCAAAGAUGGCGAAUGCUCAAGUCCCAAAAGCGGCUCCUCCUUUGGUGCCUCUGGGUAUCCAGCGGCGUCAUCAUGCAAGGCUUCGAUAUCGUCGCAGGAAGCCAACUAGCCGUCCUCCCGGAAUUCCAGAAGCAAUUUGGACACCCCCAGCCAGACGGCUCCUACAUUAUCCCAGCUCGCUAUCUCUCCGCGUGGAAUUCAAUUGCCCCGGCGUGCGAGAUAGCGUCCACUUUCAUCUACGCCCCGUUACUGGAGAGAUAUGGCCGUCGGCCGGGUAUCUUGGUUGCAUCUGCCAUUUCUGCCGGUGGGGUGCUUCUGCAGCAGUUGGCAACGGAUUGGCGGGUUCAUAUGGCGGGUCGAGGCGUCAAUGGUAUUGCGAUUGGUAUGAUGUUUACUAUCUCGCCGUUGUGGAUUGGGGAAACGUGUCGGCCAGAGCUGAGGGGGUUUUUUCUGUGCUUCUUUAAUACGAGUAUUGUUUUUGGGCAGCUUGCUAUUGUAGCCUUGGCGAGAGGAAGCAGCUAUAUCACUGGCAAAUGGCGAGCAAUGGUGGCUUCCAGUGUAAUUCUCACCUCCGGGUGGCUAUUCUUCCCCGAAUCUCCCUACUGGCUUGUCCGUCACGGAAAGACCACCCAAGCCCGAGGGUCUCUGCAACGCGUAUACGGCAUCAAGAACGAGAUCUUUUACACCAUCGAAGUCCGGCGCAUGGAAUCAGAAACCCUCCAAGCCUUCUCCAUCCAGGGAAGUGUCUCCCAGAACUCCCGCCAUAGCUUCCUAGGCCUCGAUCUCUCCAGCGAAGUCGAGUGCUUCAACCGCCUAAACCGCAAACGCACUCUAACCGCCAUCUUGGCAGCCAGUGGACAACAGAUGAUCGGUGCGACAUUUGUCGUCGGCCACGCGACGUACUUCCUCGACCUGAUCGGGGUCAAGGAUUACUUCGAUGCUUCUAUUGUGUUGUAUGUGCUCAUGCUGUUAGCAAGUAUGGGCGCGUUCCCGCUGUCUGAGAUCGUCGGGCGACGCACGAUGAUUGUAAUCCCCCAAACCGUGCUGUGCUGCGUCCUCCUCUUAAUUGGGAUCCUGGGGUGCGUUCCCAACCAAGAAAAAGCAAGCUGGGCGAUCAUCGUCUUCAUCUAUAUCUGGUCGAUUAUUUACCAGCUGUCCAUCGGCGCCGUUGGGUUUGUGCUCGCCUCUGAGAUUGCCACGGUACGGUUGCGCAGUGCGACGCAGGGCCUUGUUACCAUCACCAAUGCGGCCUGGGCGCUUAUUAUGCAGUUCACAAUUCCUUACAUGAUCAACCCCGAUGCAGGUAAUCUGGGCGGGAAGGUUGGAUUUAUCUUCCUCGGGACUGGCUUUUUUGCUGCCAUCGGAGGAUGGUUUCUGUAUCCGGAAACAAAAGGAAUCUCUUUUGAGACCAUGGACGAACUCUAUGCCAGCGGGACUGCGCCCCGACAUUUUCGGGCAGUGAGUGGGCAGAUGAGGGGCUGUACUCCAGAAUCCAAGCGGGAGCCUCCGGUUCUGCCCUGA